AUGUCGGAAGAAGACAAGACUUCUCCCAAUAAACUCUCCACUGGACCACUUAGUCCCAAACCCGAGUCGCCGACUACUGCGCGCCCUCUCGAUUUUGAUGAUGAACCCCAGGAAACCGGUGUCACCGCAGCGCCGUCAACAGCCCCUACUCAGCAGGGCGCUGCGGAAGCUGCCCCGCCUAAGCCACCCCGCCCAUUGAGCCCCCGUCAACAGGCCGAGAAUACUCUCAAGGAAGCAUUCCCCUCUAUUGAGGCAUCGGUGAUCAAGGCAGUGUUGGUGGCCAGUAACUGGGACGUGGAACGGUCAUUCCAUGCUUUGCUUAGCAUGACGGAUCCCAGCGCUGCCGAACAAGAUGCGCCGCCCCCAAAGCCACCACGCCCAACUGCUGCGCAGAGGCAGCUAGAAGCGGAUGAGAUGUAUGCCCGUCAGCUGGCCGAGCACUACAACCGUCCUACGCGCCAACCCCGUUGGGACAACGAGUACCCACAGCAGCGGCCGCGAAGGGGAAGCGAUGGAUCGGAAGAGAAAGAAUACAGCUUUUUUGAUGAUGAUCUCCCGGUGAUCCGCGAGAACCUUCGCAAAGGAUUCUUAGAUACCCAGACGAAGGUCAACUCCUGGGUCCAGAACCUGAAGAAACGCCUCGACGGCGAACCCGAGGCCGGCCCUUCUGGUCAAGGCCAGCCUGAAGAGAACUAUGGUAGACCUAGACGGAGCGGAGACCUAGGUCGUCGAAGCGGCGAUCGCGAACGCUACGAUGCUGAUCAUCGCAUUCUGAACGACGACUUUGCCUCACUUGAACUGAGAGAUGCGGAAGCUCCUCCCCCGCGACCCCCACGGCCCCUCGCCAACCCCGACCUGUUCAAAUCCUCAUCACCUUCCCCUGAUCGACGCAAGGUCUCUUUCCAGGAGGGACCGCCUACUGAGAUUGACAACCUCUACGAUGCCUCUGAGCCCGUCAGACGUACGUCCCCCGCGACAGGCAAGUCGAGCAAGUGGCAGCCUCUGUCGACUGUUGACCCUUCGCCCGUCGGGGAGCAUGACCCAUUCAGUCUUGGCGACAGUGAUGAUGAGAAAGAAAGGGAAGCCAAGGCCAAGGAGCAGAGCACGGCUGAAGCUGGGCCGGCCAGCGAAGCGUCGAAAGACAACAGCAGCAAGGCCGAGAAUGCUGGCAAGUCGUAG